UGAAGUGGGGAUGGCAGUGUGGUAGGCGUGUGGUUUAACAGCUUCAAAAAAACGGACAGAGAGCCCCGGACUUCCUGUUCACUGCUGCUCACAGAUCUCGCUUCAGAGAGUUUUUUAAGAGAUCUUGCUGACAGCCGACAAGGGAGCAUCAAAACAGACCUUAUCUACAGCCCACCCGGUAAGAUGGUGCGAGCGUUGCUUAUUGCUGCUUUUCUGCUGAUCAAUUCCACCUGCAUCGAGGCCAUUGAAGACAUGAACAUAUGUUACAUCCUGGAUGGGAUUCUCAUCCUUUACGGCAUCAUUCUCACCGUCUUAUACUGCAGACUGAGGAUGAGUGCGCCCAACAAUACACCUGCCAAUCCCCCUGAGAAGCAGCCCGCAGAGGGAGGCAUCUAUGCGGUGAGACUUUUCAUUCUCAUGCUUAAAAAGACAUUUAAAAAGGCACAUGAUGGAAAAGUGACAGCUUACUGCACAGCAGAUGGGUCUGUCCUCUCACAGUACUGAUACCUACGAGACCAUCAAAAUGGAUAAAAGGCCUAUUGUGUGAUGAAAGAAGAUUUGAUCGCAGAGAGGACGCUGAGCACAGAAACACAGUGCUGACUCUCUUGAAGCUUUAUACUGUAUAUAAGGUUGUUUUUACUUGUGGUGGGUGUGUCCGUAGAGUUUCUAUACAUGACUUUUCUCCUUUUUUUGUUGUAAAAAUAUUACUUUUAUUUCUAAAUUUUGUGUCUUGCAUGCAUAAAAUGUUAAAAUUAAAUUCAUUUUUAAAAAUUGAAAUGACUGUGUUUUCACAGCACGUUGAUUUGUGUUUCACAGCUGGUUUUACCCAAGUUACUAAAAAAACAAGUUUAAAUGUGUCUGUUGUUUUUGUUAAUCUGUUCCCUUUUUAAGGGAAGCAGAUUAAUGAAGGACUUGUACUUCACUUUACGUGAAACAAUUAAUCUGCUCAUCAUUUUUGAUUAAUCUUUUGGUAUAUAAAAUGUCAGAAAAUCAGCAGAUUCUCACAAAUAAGAAGCUGAAACUAGGUAACUUUUGUUUUUUACAUUAAUUUCCUGUGGAUCAACUAGAUGAUUAAUCGGCUAAACUCUACUUAUAAACUUUGAUUUGAACUGAUUUGAUUAGUCUAUAUCAUGUAGUGGCUUUAGGGGUUUUAAGCUGCCCAUAAUAAUAGUAAUAAUAAUAAUUAAUAAUAAUGAUAAUCACUUUAUUUAUAUAGCACCUUACAAAAACAAAGUUACAAAUUGCUUUACAAUAAAAACAAAUAAUAAAAGUAUAUAAAAUCCAAACAUAAGCUAUAAAAGAAGAUAAAAUAAGUUAAAUGAUUAAAUCAAAUACCAUCAGUUAAGAAAAAGCCACAAGAUAAAAGUGAGUUUUAAGAUUUUAAAGAGCACACCGAGUUUGUCUUCCUGAGAUCCCCAGAUGCUACUCAAAACUUGGGAAAAUAUACUCACAGUUUUCACAGAAUAUUACAAAUCUCAAGCUGAUUCAAGUGAAUCUGAUUCAAUUUUGCUUGAAAUUUUGAAGCAUCCAGCUGGUUAUCCUAUUACAGUGUUUGAAACACACCAGUUUCGUUUCAUCAAGUUUCAUGUCAGUGUUUUUCAAUGUUUCCAAAAUACAUUUGAUUAUUGCAAUUUAUCACUCAGUUUUCGAAUACAAAUAAAUCUCAACAACUAUUUUUAAUUGUUACAGAUCUCAGUUCUGUGAUAUGCAGGAAAGAUUAUAACAGCUGCAGCACCAGAGGGCAAUCACACACUUUCACUGUAAAAAGUGCCUGUUUCUUCUACCUAUGUGACAGAGUCUCGUCCACUUAUUUACAUAGAAACAUAACUGGAAAUGUACUCAAAACACAUGAAAAACUGUGCACUCUGGCUGUGUACUUGUUUUCCCUGAGGCUCUUCACAAGAAACUUACUCACUCAUCCAGCUGUCUGUUGCAACAUACUCAUCUUAACUUGUGAAAGUGAGUAUGUUGUAAGUAAGGUGACUUCCAAGUUUUCCACCAUGCUGGCAGUCAGAGCGCACGUAAAAUAAAGUAUCUCCUACCUGUAAUUACAACAUUCAUGGGGCUUUCAUGUGCUCUCAUUUUGUGAUUAUGAUAUUUUCAGAAUGGGUCGAAGGAAGCUGCAUAAGCCAAUCAGAAAGCAAAGAGAACAUUUUGCUGAAGACAUAGCGCUAAAUAAAUAGAAAAAUAACGUUGUAAUAUUCCUACAAUGGUGGGAAAUUAAAGAUUUGUGUCACAUAUAAGAUCUUUUAAAAGGCCUAUCCUACAAGUUUAUAGCUGACUGAGUCAACUUCAAAAGUACUUUUACUCAUUGGCCUUUAACUGUGUUGAAGAUCCAAGCAGGAUCGAAACGUUGUCAUUAAACUUUUGUUGCAGGCGUUAUCUUUUUUCUUUGACACUGUUUGCUGAUAGCCUAGCACCUGCAUGAUGUGCAUAUAGUUAUUCUCCUUUAACUGUGUUAACCAACCCUUCUGCUGAAGCAUCUGUAGGAGUUUGUUAUCUCAAAGUGCACCAUGAUUUUUUACUACUUUGUUGUUUUCUUUUAUAUUUUCUCCUUUCUUUUGUUCUGUUCUCUCUUGUUGUGUGAAAAGUUGAAUGAUAUUGACAGAUUAACCGUCAUUGUUAACUUUUGCUUAAAUAAAAAAAAAAUCUAAUUAGA